UAGUAACUUCCCUUUUACUACAUCUUUAUUCCUACCACGGAAGACAACCGUUCUUUUGGCCAAAUUCAAUGAAAACAGCUCGAUCACCAUGGCUGCGGAUGGAGGCAAUCAUGAGACAACCACUGACUUUUAUGUGGAUGAGACAACUCUCUCAGACUUCCAAGUUAUCCUGCUUCAUUCUGCCAUAUGCUUCUCAACCAGUCUCUCCUUGAUUGGGUCAACAGGGAUUGUCACUGUGGCUCGAAGGAAGUUGUCUUCCCACAAUCCAGUCUACCAACGACUGAUGAUCUCACUGAGCACAUCCGAUAUAAUGCUAUCCUUAGUUCUCAUAGCAGGUCGAUGGAUGUCCCCAUCUUCUGCAGGUGAUCCCCUAUCAAAGGGCAAUACAACAACUUGUACCAUUUUGGGUGUUUUCGUCAUAAUCACGGGCCUCUCUACUUGCAUCAUGUGCAACUAUCUCAGUGUCUAUUUCUUGAUGACUACCAAGUAUGGCUGGAGAGAAUGGGAAAUAAGCCAGAAACUGGAAAAGCCAGCAUAUGCUCUGGCCUUUGUUAUUGUGGCAACCUACGUUUCCUUAGCUGUUGGACUAGAUGCAAUUCAGCCCACUCAAAAUACAGGUCUCUGUUCAGCUUUUGGGGAUGCAUUUAUCUGGAUAUACACUGCCAUUUUGACAAUCUUUGCAGGAGGGGGCUGUGUAGCAACCUACAUGGUCUAUCGCCAUGUGUACGUUAUCACUCAAGCCAGCCGAACCCACGAUACAUCUCAUGCCAUUCCGUCCUCCUCCUCCUCAAACCGGGCAAGACAAGAGGAUCCGCGCCAAGCUCGGGUCCGCAGAGUAGCACGGCAAGCCAUUGCCUACUAUAUCGCUUUACUCAACACACUCUUGUGGCCAACAGUCUACAAUGUACUUGUGCCAUAUACAGAUCUUGAAGAAAGAGCUCACGAGCCAGCCAUCUUUCUGCUGGCAUUUGUAGGUUUCUUUUUGUAUCCUCUCCAAGGAGCAUGCAAUUUUGUCAUCUACAUUCAAUAUCGAGUCAAGAGCUGGAAACGAAGUCAUCCACAAGUGUCCUGGAUAACAGCAACCUGGUGGGCUGUGGUCAAGCCAAUGGAUCCACCCAACAACAUCAACAGCAAUAUACAAACAUCCACACACAUAUCCUCUGCAUUAAACUCCGCAUCAGCAGCCAUGUGGUCCUUCCCAGGCGCACGACGUGUGACCCAGUUACUAUCAUUGCCAUUCUCAUCCCAGCAUCAGAAUGACAGAAACCUUGAUUCGGACGAAAUCAGUUCGUCGUCGUCGGAUGAGGAAGAGUUCGCCGAGGAUGAUGGUAAUCCUGACUUACCCUGGUACCAGAGAAACACUCCUGCAUGUACUCGGCAAAAAGCAACUAUGUGCAGUGUUGAUGAGAAUAAGGAUGAGUCAACCCAAUCAACAGCGCUUGAAACGGAAGAGAAUCGUCAGCAAGCAACACCACCUGAAGUGGAAACCAUAACAGAAAACAAUCCAACUCUGGAGGAAGCAGAAUUGGUUAUGCCAGAGGAAUACAUGACUCAAGCCUCGCAGCCAGAACAGGAUAUCGAAGCUCCGCAAGAAACGAUAACAGAAAACAAUCCACCUCCAGAGGAAUCAGAAUUGGCCUUGCCAGCCGAUUACAAUUUGCAAUCCUGUCAGCAAGCACAGUUUAUUGAAGCUCCACAAGCAACCGCAUCAGAAAACAAUCCAACACCAAAGGAACCGGCCAUACCAGAGGAGCACAAAUCGCAAGCCUCACAGCCAGAACAGGAUAUUGAAUCUCCUCAGGGGGCUAAUGCCCAGUCCACCCUUGUGGAAAUCUCUUCGCAAUUGAAAAUCCAAGAACCCUCGGUUGGUGACAGCAUACCGGUAGCAGCCAAGGAGUCUGAUCACGCCAUGAACACUUCCGAGCCCCAAAAUGACAUUAUCAUGUGCAAAUCCAAACCAGUGCAACCAACAGGAGCCCAACACUGGGAGGCAGCAGAUGUUGUAGCUCUCUCCCAUUGGCUUUCCAAAUGGGAUCAUUCUGCAUCAGGAUCAUAAUCCUUCAAUGAAAAGUACACGGAGAACACUGAGCACAAGGCAUGAAAAACCAGGCAUUUCAUUGGCUAUAAGAUGAAAGCUUCACCAAACUACACCACAUGUCACUUCGAAGGAGCUGUUGCCAGGUUCAGUUUCGUCAAUCGGACUCAUCAUGCGCGGAAGCCAAAAAAGAAAGAAUUGCUUGCUUGGAGAGGCUGUUGCCCAACACAUGCAAUUGUUACAACGAAGUGCUACGUUUCGACAACUGUGUCUCGAGUUAGCUUGAGAAUGAGCCGUGGGCCGAUUUGACUUGAGUGGUACCGGUGCUCCCCAACGAUUGGUGCGGUGCGGCUAUUGGCCGACAUACUACGUUAGUACGCGCAUGAUGGUGUUACCCGUGAAUGAAUACUCUUAUGAUAGUCCCAGGCUAUUAAUAGAGUUUUUGCCGAAAGCCAUGGGACGGCGCACACUACGCGGAGGAAUGAAAGGAUUUCCCGACAUGGUGGUGAGACAGCAAUGCUUUCCAUAUAGACCGUCUCCUUCAAGAGAAACUGGCCAUCAUGCCGCCCGAACCAAAGGAGUCUGCAGCUUCACGGCCUUGCUUCUAGAAUUCUUGCCAUAUAUUCUUGCCAUACAAUCAUGCAGACCUUUCUAGCUUCGUGUUGGAAGGACAUUUUUUCAAAAAAGUAGAAAAACAUCAUGAGCUCCUCCCGUCACCGAGGCCUGUUUCGGAGAUGGACGUGUUUUGAAAUGGAACGUGGUGCGGGGCGAGGAAGGGUCGAGGAUCGAUGCAAAACCACGGUCAAUGCGUGAUUGAGGCAUUCGCGACUGCGUUAAGAGACAAAAAUCGGAAGCG